GCUCACACGUACAUUACGUCUCUCUCUGUGCUCUCAACGAAGGCGGUCGCAUCUUUCUUCCUCUCCUCCCCCUUUCCUUGCCUCCUCUGCUCCUCUUGUCCGUCUAGUCUUUUUGUCUUAUACUUUUGAAGAGACUCUCUCUGCACUGCUCUUCAAAGCGAUCAAAGCAAUCAUCAUGGAUUUGAUCAACUGGUCUCUAAGUGCAAUUGACACCAUCUACUCAAUGAGAAGCCCGGGUUUGGGGGAACCUAAAUGUCCCGCCGGGACGUUCGCAGCUGGCUACUCGAUGGAUGUGUGGGAGAAGUGGCGUGUCGUGUGUCUGGCGGCUCUUUCUGUGGAGGACGCUGAAGAUGUGUACCUGUUCUGGAUGAUGAUGACAAGUGUUUUGCUGAUUGGAUCGGGCAUUGCCCUGCUUCAUCGGGGAAUGAGGAAAACGUUGGCAGCCGUGCAAAGCCCCGUAAAGCUGCCCGUAAUGAUUGAAGAACUGAGCAGAGCUGUCGGGAGUCUGAAUGAGACCUUGAACCGCCAUAUGGAAAACAUCAGAGCUUUGAAUCGCAAAGUGGACGACAUCACAAAGACUAUGAACCGGAACAUGGUCACCAUCACAGGAGCGAUGGAUAACAUCAAGAUCAACCGCGAUAUGGACAACAUCACGGAGAAGCUGACAGUUUUGCAAAGGGCCUUGGCCGAGGCCGCCGCUGCUGGAAUAACAACUUCCCCGGAAGAACACUGCAGCGAAACGCUCUUAUGUCCCCACCCCCCUCCUACAGCUCCCGCUGACACUUGUUGACUGUUCUGCCAUGACCCUGAUCAAGGCACACUGGCAACUGCCAUGCCAUCGCCAUAACAACUCUGCGGACUCCAUGAUUACGUCUUCAGGCCUACGCACACAUGCACACAUAUACAGAUAUGCUUUCACUGCCACACUGCCAUCCCCCCACCUUCACCGCUUUGUUCCCCCGGCCUGUCGAGGCGGGUCUGCGACCAGGCCUCCUCCACUCCCUCUCUCCCCUGGUUACAACUGAUGUGUCCCAUGUUGUAGAGUGUACUGAAUAUGUGCUAUAGAUGCUGAGGUGUUUUUUGUCCUGCUCCCAGAGUGUACUCCUGUAAGGAGCGUAGUCUGGGGGCUGCUCUUUUUUGUCUUCUCCCCUCCCCUCAUACUGUAUCCCUUCUUUUUCUUCCCCUUUGGUGACCAGACCCUGUCCUGUCUAUGUAUUAUAUCUAUGGACAGACUGGUUUUACAAUUUGGUUGUACUGUACUUGUACUGUUGCAAUGACAAAUUAAAGCUCCAUCAUCAUGUUACACUACAGCGGUGCAGUAAUAUUACAGCAGAGGGCGCUAUUUACUGUAAGAACUUUGUUUUUCCCAUUUAAGGCUCAGAGUUUUGUCUCGUCUGCAAACAAACCUGAUGUUGAGUCCCUAGUGUUUGAUGAGAGUUUGUUGUAGUUUGUUUUUUAUUUGUCAUAUCAUACUACUGAUAUCCAGAUAUUAACACAU